GGAGCCCUGCAGCCUUCACCCGCGCCGAGCCUUAGGGACCCGGCUAAGGUCCGGCGGUAGUGGCCUUGGGUAGAGGAUCAUUACUACGGAAAGCGCACCCACGACUCUGCUUUGAGGGUGUCUGUGCUUUUCAGAAGGCGUGCCUGGAUGUCAUUUGUCAGAGUGAACCGUUACAGUCCCCGGGGAGGGGGUCGGAAAGCACUGAAAGUCAAGAAGAAGAAAACGCCAGUGAAACAGGAAUGGGAUAAUACUGUGAAUGAUCUAACAGUUCAUCGGGCCACACCUGAAGAUCUGAUACGUCGUCAUGAAAUACACAAAUCGAAGAAUAGAGCAUUAGUGCACUUGGAACUCCAAGAAAAAGCUUUGAAGAGAAAAUGGAAGAAGCAGAAACCGGAAAUUUCUAAUCUUGAGAAAAGGAGAUUGUCUAUCAUGAAGGAGAUUCUUUCUGAUCAAUACAAGAUGCAGGAUGCAUUGGAAAAAUCUGAUCAUUUGAUGGCUGCAGCCAAAGACCUGUUUGUUGAUUUUCCUCGUAGGCGCACAGGUUUUCCAAAUGUAACAGUGGCUCCUGAUUCCUCUCAGGGUCCCAUUGUGGUAAAUCAAGACCCUGUCACCCAGGCCAUCCUUGGGAAAUCUGUCGUGGAGCCGCAGGCUCUUAAUGAAGUAGAUGAUGAGGAAGAAGAAGCUGUUAACAGCCAGUCAGAAGAAAGUGAGAAUGAGUUGGACAACUCUCUAAACUCUCAGUCUAACAUGAAUGCAGACAGGUUUCUUCACCAACUAAAAGAAGAUAAUUCUGAGUUAAUUAAUCAACUGUGGGCUGAUAUUCAGCAUAAAAUAGCAACACAGUCACAAAUAUCAAGCCCUCCAGAAACUCCAUCAUCUGCUUCUCCAUCAGAAGGACAAAAAGCUGCUUUGAAUGCUACCAACGCAGUUAAGAGAAUCCACACCAGGCUUCAGCCCAAGGAAUCCGCUGAGUCUGUGGCCUCAAGCUAUGCUGUGGGACAAGUGCUGAACUCUAGGAAGCAAAAGCAGCCAUUCAAUAAAGUGAAAAGAAAACCAGAGUUGCGUGUUCCUUCUAAGCAGAAGAAAAACAUGUUGUCAGCUAGCACAGCCUCCACAGAAUUAUCAAAUAGCAGCAAUCCUAGCCUGGGUAUCCUCAAACACAUGAUACACGAAGUGGAAUAUGAAAUGGAAGAGUACGAGCGAUCGACGGGUCGUGAGGUCAAGGAACCGCAGAGCAGUCAGGGUCUCACAGGCUUCACUCUGUCGCUGGUGAGCUCCCUCUGCCGCCUGGUCCGGUACCUUAAAGAGAGUGAGCUGCAACUGCGUAAAGAAGUUGAGACAAGGCAGAAACUGGAACAAGUACUAGGUGAUCAUCGAGAGCUCAUUGAUGCUCUGACAGCUGAAAUUCUGCAUCUUAGAGAAGAAAAUACUGCUACACAGGCGAGACUUCAGCAGUACAUGGUCACAACAGAUGAGCAACUCAUAUCACUCACACACGCCAUGAAGAGCUGUCCUGUGAUAAAUAACAACAAAGAAAGUCUCACAACAGAAAGGGGAGCCACAGGUAGAAUUAUGGAUAAUCCAGAGGGUUCAGUUGUAAAUGCUAAUGUCGCCAUGCCACUGAUGUUCAGAGGGGAAGAAGUGCUUGAUUUCCCACAGGAAGACUUGCCUGUUAAACUGUCACAGGUGCCAGACCCCCCAGAUAGUGUGAAUCUGGCCAACAGUUUUCCAGCACACGUGUUUGAGCCGGCUGUGUUGUUAACGCCACCCAGGCAGAAGAGCAAUGCGGAGUUCUCUCCUCUGCAGGAUGUACUGAGGAGGACUGUUCAAACUCGUCCUGCUCCACGAAUUCCUCCAACUGUGGAAGUAAUUGAGAAGGACCAAAAUUGGGAAAAGAAGACCUUACCAACUAACACAGACAUUCAGAAUUCAAGUGAAGAGAGUCAUUUCUUCACUCAGAGGUGGAGGGUCUCUCACAUGGGAGAAGAUUUGGAGCCCAAAACCCAGGCUCCUUUUGUUAACCUCUCACAGCCCCUGCAUAGUUCCCACUCAAACACCCAGCUGCCCAGGAACCCCGCAUUCUCAGAAGAGCCCCCAGUACUGGGGGAUGGGCAACAGCUGAGAACAAAGGAGGCAUUAAUACAAAGAAAGGACAUCAUGGCACGCAUUGCUGAGUUGACACUGCAGAAUUCAGCUAUCAAGGCACAUCUGAAUAAUAUUAUCGGGCCAGGGGGAGAGCAAGGGGAUGGACUUCGGGAGCUAAACAAACAGGAGACAAGUCAUUCAAGCAACGUGAGUGCUAGUUUUCCAGCAGCACAACCUCUAACACCAAGCAGCAUGGAGGAACGGAUUGCAGAAUUGAACCGGCAGAGUAUGGAGGCUCGUGGAAAACUCUUGCAGUUAAUAGAGCAGCAGAAACUUGUUGGUUUGAAUCCUUCCUCUCCACCAGUAUCACCUAUCCAGUCACCUCUCACAGCAUGGACUGACUGGUCACAGAUUCAUGAUUUAAAAGAAGGAGGAAAGAGGACAAUUGAAGUAUCUAUUCCAGGAGCAGAAGCCCCAGAAAGCUCAAAAUGCAGUACCGUCUCUCCUAUCAGUGGAAUCAAUACAAGAAGAUCUUCAGGGGCUACUAGUAAUUCUUGUUCUCCACUAAAUGCCACCUCAGGAAGUGGGCGACUCACACCUGUUAAUCCCAGAGCAAAGAUUGAGAAACAAAACGAAGAAGGCUGGUUUGCUCUUUCUACCCAUGUGUCAUGAGUGAGGUCCAGUGUUACUGCUGCCGCUCAGCGGUGUAUUCUUGAGCUUUCAUUUCCCUUCCCCUGCUCUUGCUUUCAAGUUUUUGUCCUUCCUUCAGAUAAACCUACAAAGAUCUUACAGAACAAAGAAAUAAAGGAAUUAUAUUAUUUUUGAACUUUCAAAUAGAUUUCCAUCAAUUAACCAAACUGCAACCUCCUAUAAAAAUUUUGGCUAUAGGAAAAUUAAAGUUUCAUAUUCUAAUAUUUUGUAAGAAUUUUAAAGUUUGAGUAAUAUAUUAUUACCCUUUUUCAGGGUUUUUUGUCUAAUAUAUCUUAAAUGUUGAUCUAUUUGAUUUUUAUUUUCUGAAGAACUAAGUUGCUUUGCAUGUAAAUUAUAACAGAAUGCCUUUGUGUGAUUAAAGUCUGGCUUUCAGAAAAAUUUAACACUCUCUUUGGUUUUUUGUUUUUGGAAAAGUCACGGUAGCCUAUUACUUUUUCCAUCAGUGGAAUGCACAGCUUUAAAAAAUGGGCGUGAGAGUAAUUGUUUCUAUUUGCUCAGCAGGUAAGAGUGGUUGUAUACAUUGUAAAAUUCUUACAUGGUCUUUAAAUGUGAAAGUGUCAUCAAUAAUGGUAAUGCACAUAAAAUAAAUAGUGAUCAUAGAGCUCAAAUGUUUCAGUGCAGUAACAUUGACUGAUUGGCGUAUUUAGUGUUUGAAACAAAAUUGAAUAUGAAAAGUUGCUAUCAAUGUUCCUAGCCCUGAAUUUACUGCGCAUUCAGGUUAGGUCUUUCUUUAAGGCAUCUGUUUGGCUUUCAGACAUUGGUUUCUAUUUUAAACUUGGUUUUUGAAAUAUCUACUCCCUGGCUAUGUAAUAGGAAUUGCCCACCUAAGUGAGGUGGUUAUGGGUUGGGGGCGGGGAAGCACACAGAAGCUACAUGUUUGGGGAACUUUCACCGAUAAGGGAACCUUCCUUUCUCCUGCAGUCGUAAGUCUCUGUUCUCCGAAGUGUCUGAUGCAGCUUUCUUUUGGGCCUCUUCAUUGUUGUGGUAGCCAAAAAUAAUAUUAUCUUCUUCUGGUAUCACUGAUUUUAUUUACAUAAAGUCAUCUGUAUCCAUUUGCAUUAUUGCAAAUUCUCCCAUUCAUAUUGCACUUUUUGAAACGUGGUGUUUAAUAAAUUCUAUCCCUCUCUGAGAUAUAAACCAUUUUAGUGUUAUUCCUUAUAUUACUGAAAUGUAAGACUAUCUGCUUGGUUUGUGAAUGCAUUUUUUUUGACAUUUCCUAAUUAUUCUCCAACUGGUUGGCUCUUAUCUUUGUUUUUCCCUUACAUUCCUGUAAACCUCAAAAGCCAAGAUUCUCAACUUUGGGAGCAUUUAAAAAUGCCAAAGUGACUCCCUGAGGGGCUUGCUGAGGCCUGGGCAUGCUGUUUUUAAAAGCUCAAAGUGAUUUAAUGUGAAGCCAGAGUUGAGAACUACAGCAAGAAACAUUUAUCGCUAGCUCACUGGCAACCUGUGGGCCUGACGUUCAAGUAUCCAUCUUGUUAAUGUUGUUUUUUGCUACAAAAGUAGAUUUUAAAACUCCAAGAAUACCAGCUGUAAAGAGCCUUUCUUAGGCCUUCUAAAGCAGUGCUUCUCAACCUCAGCUUCCAUUAGAGGCAUCUGGGGAUCUUCUAAAAUUCAUAAUGCCCAAGCCUCCAUAUAUAUCAAGUAAAUUAGAAUAUUUGGGGGCAGGACACAAACAUCAAUAUUUUAAAACCUCCUAAGAUAAUUCCAUUGUGUAGCCAAGUUUGAGAACCAUCAUUACAAAGAUGUUAUUGUCCCCUAAUCAUAAAUUGGUGCAUAUUUGGUUUUAAUUAACAGCUACAUUACUUAAAAGGCCUCUUGUCAGCUUUCAGAGUCAACUGCAUCAGUGGGUCCCCCAGUCUGAACCCCUGUCAGCAGUAGCAGCAUCUCCCAGGGUACUUGUUAGAAACAAAAAUUCUUGGGGCCUACUGUAGGUCUCUUGUUCAGAAACUCUAGUGUCUGAAUAUGUUCAUUCUGUGAUUUUGAUGCGUGCUCAAGGCUGGGGUCUGUUGCACUGCAGAGGGGCUCGCUCUGCCACAUUUCACUGUGAUGUAUACAGUUGUAUUUACUUCUAAGAUGCCAAACUCAGAUUACUUGUGUUUCUUUUGUUUAGACUCAGGCUGUGAGCACCAUAUAACUUCUCCAACAUGCAAUAGAAAGCUGCUAAUCACUUGCUAGACUUUAAUAAAAUUUAUAGUUCUCCAAAUCGUAGCUUAGAAGAAAGACUAGAUCAAUAAUUACAUCUGCAGCUGUAGUACAGCCAUUCCUACACUGUAUAGUGAAAUAAUUUGGGCUAGCAGAAUUUAAUAAUAAUUUACUGUUUACUAAGUGCCAGGGAGUAUUUUAGCCACUUUACACGACUUCAUGACACCUUAAUGUGGGUAGGUACGAUUAUCCUUAUUUUGCAGAUGAGGUGCAAGGAGGUAAGCGCUCUCUCAGGCUCACACAGCUAGGAGGUGGUGGCACUAGGAUGGGAACACAGGCAGCCUUUCUCCGAAGCCUGCUCCCUGCUGCCAUCCCCCCCCGCCCCCCGUGUGUGUGGCACAGAAGCACCAUAAUAAUAAUCGCUGUCCUUUAUUGAGCCAUGACUGCGGCAGGCACUGUGCUAAGCUGCAGUAUCCCCAUUAUGUCACUUAACUCUACAGUGAACUCACGAGUUAGUUGUUAGAUGCCAUCUACCCCAUCAUACAUGAGGAAGUUGAGCCCUAGAAGUGAAGUGAGUUGCCUCAUGUCAGAGUUGCUUGUAAGAAGUAAAGCCAGGACUUGAAGCUCUUUUUAAAAUAACUGUGGGACUUCUGAUAUACAGGAGAUGACUAACAGCACAGUAGCAAAGGGUGUAAGUAUUGCAAUUGGAAAGCUUGAACUCAGGGCUGUCUCCCUGUGGGCAAAUUAAUUACAUCUUUCCCAUUCGAAGUCUUUCCUAUAAAGUUGUGAGGAUUAAGUGAGGUAAAUAUGCUAAGAACAGGACCCAACUCACAAUAAACACUCAGAAAUAACUGACCAUUUU